AGUCUACCUCUGGAGCUCGCACAAACCCCUCCGUCCCCCUCCAUCUUCUGUUUACUACAGCCUAUAUGUAGCUUUAAUUACACAGUUGUUUGGUAACAACUUGGACACCGCUGCUCCCUCUCCCCUUUUUUUCCCCUUCCUGGCUCCAUAAAAAAAAAAAAAAAAGAAAACCGCUGAGGAUCAUUCAUAAGGAAUGAGUGGACUCCCCGCACGACUGCUUUCUGGACUACUACAUACUAAGCGUGCGGAGCUUUUGUACCAGAGUCGCUGCAGAAAUGUGGGCCGGUAAUGCGUGGCAGCUGUAGCCUCUGGUAUGGACAGCGGUGAGGGAGGAGGAGGGGAUGGAGGGGGAGGAGAGGAGAGAGAUGCUGACCUCAGUCCCCAGGCUUUAUCUCUUCCUCUCCUGACCCCGGCGGUCAUUCCCGACCAGGGGUCAUCCUCUCAUACCUCAGCCGUGGCCCCUGCCAAAGAGCCCCUGACCCUGCCCCGGCAGGGGGAGAAGGGUACAGAGGGGUCCCAGGCUAGAGAGGGAGGUGAGCAGAAGGAAGGGGGGCAACGCUCGCAGGAGAACGGAGCACGUCUAAAGGAUGGGAUGAAGGAGGACUUCGGGGAGGGACAUUUUUUGGGGCCGAGGAAAGAAGACGAGGAAGUGCUUCUAGGUGCGGAAGAGGCAUCAGUUACAGGGGGCCUCCCAGCAGCUCUCAGCAGCGGAGACGGAGAGGAGGAAAAGGAAGAGGAGGAGGCCAUCUCAAACCAAAGUCAAACUAAAUCCAAAUGUUCUUUAUUACCUCAACAGAGCCAGCACAGCUCUUCUUCCAGCACUGCAAAGACCAGUGGCACACUCGACAGCAAAGCAGCCCCUUGUCCAAAGCCCUCCCACACUCCUACCCCCUCUCCAAAGUCCUUCCCUUUUUCUUCCAUCUCUCCAAAGCACUUCAAUUGUCCGUCCUCCUCUUCUGCCCUGCUGAGCGAGACUGAGGUAAAAAACAUUAAGGAAGAUCAGGGCUGGAUUUCUGGGUUUCCACAGAGCUUUAGAUCCCCGCAGUCUUCUGUCGCUUUUCCACUGCCGGGUACGAACCCUGCCGGUACCUCUGCUGAGGACGAUUUGCCGGUAGGGGUUCCUCACUCUUCCAUUUCCAAUAGAAAUGGUGCCAAAGCUCCAGAACCAAAUGACAGCCAGCUAGAAACAGAGGUGGAUGAUGAGAAAGACAAAACAGAACAAAAAGAAGCUGUCCCUAAAAAUCUCAACCAAGACCUCUCUUCUAACUCACUCACGAGUCACAUGACCAUAAUGCACUCACGCAAUUCCUGCAAGACUUUAAAAUGCCCCAAGUGUAACUGGCACUAUAAGUCUCUGCACACACUGCAAGUUCACAUGAAGGAGAAACACCCGGAGACGGGAGGCCAGUGCGUGUGCGGCGCCUCUGGGGGGAAGUGUGUGUGUGGUGGAGCAACACGAGGUGUGUGUGGAUACUGCAGUUCGGGAAAGCCCCAUCCUCGCUUGGCCCGGGGUGAGACCUACGCCUGUGGCUACAAGCCCUACCGCUGUGAGGUGUGUGACUAUGCUACCUCAUCGAAAGGCAACCUCAGCAUACACAUGCAGUCGGAUAAACAUCUUAACAAUGUUCAAAAUGGGGGACAGACGAACGGUCACAUCCACACCUCACACAUCACCAACAACAGCAGCUCGUCUAACGGCCACCCCGUGGACGAGACGCCGUACAGCAAGCUCCCGCUCUCUAUUCCAACGCUGACGGCCCAGCCCAUCAAGGCCGCGCCAUCCGCACAAUCCCAGUCUCACGGUAAACGGUGGCGGUGCGAUGUGUGCGACUACGAGACCAGCAUCGCACGCAACCUGCGCAUACACACCACGAGUGAGAAACACACACACAACAUGCUACGCCUCCAGAGGGGUUACUAUCUGUCUCACUGCCGGAGUCUGGCCCCACAUCUUAAACACCUACAAAACACAGGUGCCGAGCUUUCCUUGAACAUGCGACUGAGUAGUCAACAGAUCUCAGAGCAGCCAGUUACGCUUGGGUCUACCCUGACUCCGUCUCCCUCCCCCUCCCCAUCUCCCCCACCAGCGCCUCCACUGUCCCCCACUGGACCCCUCUCCCAGGGAGUGUUCCAGUGCCUUAUCUGCUCUUGCUUUUCAUCUGACAGCUUAGAGUCUAUGGAGCAGCACCUAAACGCUUCCCGCUCCCUGCCCCAGUCAGAGUGGUGCUCCCUUGUUGCCGGCGGUUGCCACUGCAGACUGUGCGGCUACACCACCCCGCUGAGAGCUAACUUCUCCCUGCACUGCCAGACUGACAGACACCGCACCCGCUACCAGCUUGCCGCUCACCUCCAGGAGGGCGGAGACAGGGGUCAGGAAGGGGCCGUGGUCAUCGCCAAGGGCAACCCCAUCCAGCUGAGGUGCAACCUGUGUGAUUACGUGACCAGCAGUUUGGAGAAGCUGCAGGGGCAUUCCCUUAGUUCGCACCACGAGGCGAGCGUCCGGGUUUAUAAAUUCCUGCAGCAGUAUGAUGGUGAGGUUGAUGGAGGUUCGUGGCUGUUCCACUGUCUUCUAUGCAACCACUCCUCCUCUUCUAAACUGCAAGUAUUGAAACACAGUCAAACCUCAGCCCAUCAGCAGAGAGAAGGGCUACUCCAGCUGCAGCCAAUGGGUGGAGAGGAGCUGGCAGCCAUUUUUACCAUUAGGAAAAGCCCCGGUGGCGUCACAGGAGAACCUAUGGAGGAUUUGGAAACUUCCAGUGAGACCAGCACUGAUCCUUUGGACACAACCAAAGACACAAAGAACUUAGCGGCAAAGAAGAUUUCUGAGGAGACAGAAAAAACAAGGAAGGAGGAAAAGGAAAAGAGGGAUACACUGACCUCAGUUAAGCGCCCAUCCCCUGGAUGCGAGGAAAAGGAAAACUCCAACUCAACCAAACGGCCCCGAACACACCAGCAAAAUGAGAACCAGCAGACUGUCCAGUGCCCUUUGUGCCAGGUUACACUCCCGUACACACACCUUCGACAGCAUCUCACACAUGUGCACAGUGUGGCACAGGACUGCGUGGACAAGCUCAUCAGUGUCGUCACGCCAACCGCAGAACAACCGCAUCCUCGGCUGGAGUCACAGGCAGACUUGCUUGCUGAUGAUAUUCAGAAAAAUACAACCACAAAGAACAAUAAUGCAAACUGUUCACCUACUGCAGAUUGCCCUGUCCCAACAGACUCAGAGAAAAACAAAGGCAUUUCAAUGGAAAACAGUGACGGAGAGAUAGCCGUACCCAAAGAUGUCACCGCUCUUUUAACCCCACCUCUGGAAGACAACACCAUUCAACCUUCCAAUGGAACACUGGCUCCUCAGUCCCCGACUCAAAUUCCCCCUUCCUCCCCACCCAACUCUCCACCCAGUGACGCUCCUCCUUUUUCUGAUCGCCAUGGUUACCGGUUUCGUUGCAGCAGGUGCAGCUUGGCGUUCCCCACUCAGGAGAAGCUCCGGGUGCACUGGCAGUACCAUGCCAUGAGGGCGGCGACAGAGUGCCCCCUCUGUUCCAGACAAUGCCGCAGUCAGGAGGCCCUGCAGAGACACAUGCAGAACACGCACUCACAGCAGGACAACACAAAGGGACAGAAUGCACUUAUGCCAUCUCAUACUGUGCAAUACAUGGAGCAUAAUAAGAAUUCAGUUCAGCUGGAUUUUAGCUUAUCACCUCAAGCUGGCCAAGAAGCAGGGGAGGUUCAUGAUGAAGAAAUAGAUGAGGAAGCAUUCGGUAUGGAGGAAAAGGAGGAACAAAAAGAAGGAAAAAUGAAAGAGAAAGAAUUCUCUGAAAUUGAUGGUGGUGAGGAGGAUUUAACUGAGCCAGAGAAGGAGCACCCCGAGGAGAUCAUAUCAGAACCUAAUUCCAGCUCUCCCGUCAAAAAGAGUGCUAACCCCACAAUGGAUCGUUAUUUAGAUCCAUCCAGACCUUAUAAGUGCACCAUCUGUUCAGAGUCCUUUACUCAGAAAACUAUUCUUCUGGUCCACUACAACUCUGUGUCUCAUCUCCACAGGGCCAGACGAGCCCUGCAAGACUCUGGUACAAGUACUACUGUCCCAGAGGCACCGCGGGGCCCAGAUCCCAGACCCUAUCGCUGCAGAUUAUGUGGCGUGGGUUACAGCCAGAGCUCUACGUUAGACAUACAUCUUCGUUCUGUUCUUCAUCAAACUCGAGCACGUGCUGCCCAGAACUCGGCUCCUCAGGCCCCAGCUUCAACUGUAGCCGUUUCAAUGUCAGUACCCACGACUACUGUCCAGGCCGGCACCACCAGAGGAGAAACAUCCAAGAGUGCGCUUGUUUCCACAAAGCUAGAUGGCGUAAGCAGUUCAAUCUCUUCACUAGCAUGUCCCAGCUUAGUAGCCGACACUCAGACAAUAUUAUCUGACUCAAUAGACAGCCAGCAUGCUAAAAAGAGAGUGGCAGAGCUUCUGGCUUCAAGAAAUCAGCUAAUGCUAUUACAGCAGCAACAGUUAGCCCAGGCACAGGUUCAGGCUCAGCUGCAACAGCAGACGGCACUGCUCCAGUCCCAGGCACUCCAGCAGCUUGGGUCAGAGCAUCUCCUCAAACAACAUUUCUCCUUAACACCAGAGGCCUCACUUUCUCUGCAGCAGCAACUUCUUCUGCCGUUUUACUUGGCAGGAGACAUAAAGCUCAACUCAGAGUUUCCUUUUCAAAGUCCAGAGCUUGGUCACUUACUAUCUAUUUCAAACGAACAGGGCAAGGCAGAGGCAAAAAAGGAGUCCCAAUCUGAUGAAAAACCAAGCAAGAAACAAAGUUUAAUUUCACCUGUUAACCAUCCAACUGAUCAGAAUGAAGUCAAGCUUGAUGCCGUCAGCGGUAAACCCACCACCAAGCAGAUGGAAAAAGAUCACAGCAAUUCUAGUUCCGAGGAAGAAAAAGAAGAAAUUCACAAUCAUACUAUUAGAAAUGAUGGUCAGAAGGAGGAGGCAAUCUUACGCUCAUUUAAUUCUCUUGAUUCCCAAUGUCCUCCUCCCAGAGUGCCCUAUGCUGCUGCCAGUGGGGAGCCUCUCCGAGCUCUGCUGCAGAACUACGGCUAUGAGUUGGCCCUGCAGUAUAUACAAAGUAGACAUCGACAUCAGCAGCAGAUGGCAGCUCAAAUUAUACCAUCUCCUGAUAUGGUGAACAUGCACAUGUGCUCAGAAAAGGAAAGACAUGAAUUUAGUCAACUACGGCACGAGAAGCUGGAAGGCUUUAACAACAAAGGAGCAGAAAGCAAUAGAGAUACAGAGGACAAAAAGCACAGCAAUGACGAGCCAUCUACAAACAUGGGGAAAAAAUGCUGUGAAACAGGCGAAAAGUGCAAAGACUGUGGCAAGUUUUUCUCAGAUGCCUUGAUUUUAAAAAGCCACCAGGAGUACAUUCACAGGACGCUGUUCCCAACCGCUGCACUGGAGAGGUUUUCAGUAGAGUAUAGACUGCAGUAUGACAACAUGUACCCCCUCACACCACCUAAAUCUGGGGAGAAUUCAGCUCUUUGCACCCAAACUGAAGAUCCACCCCUAGCCACACCGCCCGAACCGGAUCCUGCAACAGAAUCAGUUAAACCUGAAAUCAAAACCUCACCUCCAUUGUUAGAUUCAGAUUCUAUGAGUAAAGCAAGUGCUACAGCGAAAGAUCUUACAACACCUGCCUCUGCAGAUUCCUCUCCACCAUCCCCUCCUCAAACACAAGACCUUCAGAAACAAGACAUGCCCACCCAUGGGACAUCUGCUACAGCUACUUCUCAAACUACAACCCCCAUGCUUCUUCCCUUACCUAAAAUACCUAUGCUUCCGAUAUCCUUGCCUCAGCGUCCCAUGCCCCCUUUAACCAUACCAAAGCUUCCACUCCCACCUAUUUCUUUUCCCAUGGAGCUUCCUCUCCUCUCUCCAGUUGUGAUGCAGUCCAUGGCUCUCCAGACCCAACCUUGGUUGGAUGCAAGUGUGAACCCUGAGUUAGCAAAACUCUACCAGUCUCAGCUUAACCCAGCAUUACUUGGGCAACAACCACAGCUCAGUCCAGCUUUGCUGGCGCAAAACCCCCAGCUAAGCCCGGUUUUGUUAAAUCAGCCACCACAGCUCAGUUCUGCUGUGCUUGGACAACCAUCUCAACCCAGCCCCAUCCAAACAGGACAGCCAAACCAAGUCAGCCCAAACACACCUGAACAACAGCAGGGUAAGAGAACCCGAACAAAGAUUUCCGAAGACCAACUGUCUGUUCUGAGAAAAAACUUUGAUAUCAACAGUCUCCCCAGUGAUGAAGAGAUACACAAGAUGUCUACUCUGUCUUGUCUGCCUCACAAAGUCAUUAAACACUGGUUCCGUAACACCCUAUUUAAAGAGCGCCAGCGUGACAAGGAUUCCCCUUACAAUUUUAAUAAUCCCCCCACCACAGCUCUGGACGAGUCCACUGAGGAAGUAGCGCAAAAUCAGUGCCUGACACUUUCUCCAUGUUCACCGUCCCCAGGCCUGUCGGCCAACAACUCCCCACAACCUCAGACAAGAGAUCUUCUUAGAAGAGAGACCCAUAGGGGCAGACGGUCUUCCCGAACCCGUUUCACAGAGCAACAGCUGGAGACCCUGCAGGGAGUGUUUGAGGCCACACCCUAUCCCAGAGAGGAAGAGUAUGAUAGGAUGUCUGCUCUGUUGUCUCUCCCCAACAGAGUCAUUGUUGUAUGGUUCCAAAAUGCAAGACAAAGAGCCCGCAAAAAUCAAGACCGAGGUACAGAUGAUGGAUUGGAGGGGAAACACCAGCUUAACAUCCCUGGACAGAAAAAUGGCUCUUACAAGAAUGAAGAAGAUAAUCAGGACAACACCUAUGAGGAUGAACGACAGGGUGACUUUCAGAAUGAAAACUCCAUGGACUUUAGAUAUGAGUAUUACACUCACCCAGAUUCACCUGCCCUUGAUUCCCACUGCUCAGAAAGUGAGCAUUUAACAACUAAAGUUGAACAAAUAUCUGUUAAAAGGAACCAGGAAAAUAAAAUAAACUCUGCUCAGGCUAAAAUGAGCCUGGCUUCUUUGGAUAUUCAAAAUAAAAGUUUAGAUGCAGACAUCCAGCAGAAGGAAAUCUCUCAAGGACCGUCUCCACAAGCUGAGCUCAAACCGCCACCAGAAAGUGCUCCUGAAAUCCCUCAGACGCUUGCUGUCUCUUCUUUACAAAAGGCAAUGCCCCCCAUCUUGUCUGUGACUCAUUCAGAUCAGGGGAAUACGAACGGUCCUCCAUGUGAUCAAGUUCUUGAAAAGGCUGCUGAUAAAUCACCCAGUCCCCCCUCUGCUCCGGUGUCUGAAACAAAACACACUCAACUACCUGAUGCCACAGCUUCUCUCUCAAAUGAAUCCCAACCACAGCUUCAAGCCCAGGCUCAGUUCCAGUGUACUCUCUGCCCAGCGUCCUUGCCGUCUUUCCAGCUGUGGCAAGAUCAUCAGACCAGGCACUUCCUGGCAGCUCAGUCCCAGGUCCAAUUCCUGCAUUCUGGAUUCACAGAUCGAAGCAUGCCUUACAUGAUGCUUCACCCCAACCACACUUUAAUGGCUAGCCAAAUGCUUUCAGGAGCUUUGUCCCAGAUGCACUCCAAUCCCACACAUCCUAUGAUUUCACAUUUGAACAGCCUUCAAAUAAAGAAUACGUUCUCUGAUCACUCAAGUAACGCCCUCAACAGUUCCCUGACACCUAUAAAGCACAGCACAAAACACGUAUCGGACACCAGUUUUGAAGGCCAAAGGGGCAAUAAGGAGAUUGAAGAGGACCAUAGAAGGGAUAAACGCCAGAGGACUACCAUCACUCCAGAACAACUUGAAGUAUUGUAUCAGCGCUACAGCUUGGACUCCAAUCCAACCAGGGGAGUGCUCGAAAGCAUUGCACAAGAUGUGGGCCUCACAAGACGUGUGGUUCAGGUCUGGUUUCAGAAUACACGAGCAAGAGAGAGAAAGGGUCAAUUCCGGUCAGCAGGACCAGGACUCAGUUUCACUUUGGGCUUGAACCAUCUGCGCUGCCCCUUCUGCAGAGCUCUCUUCAAAGUGAAGAGUGCUCUCGAUGCUCAUAUGAGAUCACGCCACUGGGCGGAGGCUGAAAGAGCGGGUUACAACCUAUCAAUAGGUUUUGGAUCUAAUGGGCAACCUGGAGUGGCUGCAUCAUCAGCCACGGAGAGACCAGGUCCAUCUAUCUCGUCCAACCUCAUCCCAAACCUUGGUUAUGACCUAACCAAGAAAGAAUUAACUAUGAAGUCACCUGUGACUUCUUUGUCUUCGUCCACACACCCAGAGGAGGAUGAUGACUAUGAGGAAGAUGAUGAGGAAUACCCGUGUGAGGAUAGUUCCAGUAUGGCUGACCAAGCCUCUCCUAGCCCUGAAGGAUCUGGAGGUCAAAGCUCAGAUUGGGGUGACAUACAAACUCAGCAGCAGCAACACCACCAUCAGCAGCAGCGCCAAAGGACACAGAUGAGUCACUUCCAGGUUCUUCAGCUCAAAGACUUCUACAGGAACCACCGCACACCUAACCGCCUUGCGUGUGAAACACUGGGUCAGGAGUUGGGACUGCCUCACCGUGUGGUGCAGGUGUGGUUUCAGAAUGCCAGAGCUAAGGAGAAACGGGCCAGGAGCCUGAGCUCUGACUCUGCGGAGAGAGAGCAGGCCGAACUGUCAGCAGGAGCAGGAGAGAGAGACAGAGCUUAGAAGGACAGACCGCUUUGUUCAAAUAUGUUCUCACCUGAAUCCCUCCUGCAACUGCUCUUCAACUCCACACAUAUCCUGUCUACUUGCUGCCAAACCUGUAACCUGAGCACCCCAAAGAUGCAGAGCCGCAAUGGCCCAAAGAGAAGCUCCAAACCAAGUCAUCUUUUUCCCCAGCUAUCCUCUCUUGAUAUAGUUCCUACACUAUUUCCUGGCUUGUCCUCUCUUGUUGAAACAAAUUCCUCUCUCUAUUCCACGUGACACUUCUAACAACCAAACUUCAUCCUGAUACAAACCAACCAGAUGCCACAGAGGCCAAAGAGCAUUCUCCAAGUAUGUGACCUCACUGCCCAGCUAGACCUGCAGUCUACCUCUCAGUCUGCACGACAGACUCAAAGUAGGCCCUCCACCAGACAGUACUAGAUGACUAGCUGUGUAGCAUGUAGUACCAGUCUGUAUGAGGCUGGGAAACAAUUCAGAGAUUUUAGUGUAAAUAGAGAGCUCCAAAAGAAAAAAAAAAACACUUGAAGAAAACAAAGCAGUUACGAGAGAAAGAAGAAGAGGAGAAAAAAACACCCCUGAGCAAUAUCCUUGAAUUGCUCAAGGUUAUUUGCAUAGAGCUUUUUCUUAAGACUGACUCAGAUUCCAAAGCUCAUAACCAAAAUUUUACAUGUCUGUGGAUUUAGUUUGAACAUGUUUGUUAACAAACUGCAGAGCUAACCCAUGUAUGGUAAAAGGGUGAGUUUUGCAGCUGGCACAGGUAAGCCGAGUACCAAGAGACUGAUGCCAUGCCAGAGACGCAGCUUACCCUCCAAAAGCCAGUGAUAAGUCCUCUGUUGUACAUGUACAGGUCAUUUCCUUUAGUGGAUAACAGCCCAAAUAGCACAGUACUUAAAGCCCGGUUUAUCCCGGAAGGGAUAAACUAUUUUUUAUAGCACUCAACCAUUAUACUGUAUAUGAGAACUUUAACCAAACUCAAAUUUACAAUGUGUGUGUUUAGUAAUAGUUUCUUAAUAUAAAUCUUAUGGAUUGACUUAAACUGUCUUGCUUCAAUAUAAUAGUGUCAUGAUGAAGAAAAGAUUAUGACAGCUUUGAUAUGUUCGGGCAAGGCGACUUACUGCCUUUCCAUUCUAUUUGAAUAUACCAAUGGCUUACCAAUGUUAUGUGAUCAAUGUAAAGCUUUCUAUGCUCAGGUCAACAGCUCAUUGUGGCUCCACUUCAAAUGCGAUAUGAAUUCUGAACUCAUCUGUUUUUAAAACAGAAGAGGCCUAGUUAAAACUUGGACUAAGUAUUACGUGAAUUCCACAAAAAAAAAAUAUCUCUGUAUUUCAAAGAUCUGAGCUUUUCACCUCUGAGUAAUAGAUUGUUACAAAAAUGUUAUUGAAACAAAAGUGUUUAAUAGUGUGAGGGGUAAAUGUACAGUAUUUAGCUUUUGUAUGGUUGACUCGAGACUUCAUUGGAUGUUUGAGACAUAGUUCUCUUUACACAUAUAGGGAGCUUCUCCGCAAAGUUGAGAGAAAAAAGAAAAAAAAAAAACCUUGGAUGUUAUUGAUGUUAUUUUUGUACGCUUAAUUUAUUUUCCCUUCUUCUCCCUUUCUGUCUACUUUUCACUUUUUCCCUCUAUCUUUCUUCCUGUUUAUUUACAACCAGUUCUUAUUCUUCCUGUAAUAAUGAUAAUAUAACAAUAAUACCUAAACAAUAAUUAAUGCUUUAAGACAAAAAUCCAAAGACACAAUACUACUUUAACCAUAUGACCUACAAAAAUAAGCGCUACUGUUUACUUGACGACAUCUUGCUGUUUUUAAAGAACAAAAGAGUCCCUGUAUCUAAGCUACUGUUUUCUGCCUCUCAUAAGCACACUGGAGACUGUAACCAAAACCCCAAACUAGAGCCAUGGCUGUCUGUAAUAUAGCGGUUGAAAAGUUUUACUUCUCUUGAGAAAUGUUGCAGUUUAUUUUUCUUUUAUACCAUAGUGUUGAACUUCAGCCCUUAAGGAUGUCCAGUUUGCUGCUAAUGUACUGUAGUUUCUAACGAUAUUGUAGAAAGAUGCAUGCUCUGAUCGCUUUACCACUAGGCUUUAAUGACUACAAACUGUAAUGAUACCUGUGAUGCUGUUGAUAAACUGCUCCUCUGUUAUUCUUUUACAAACCAAUGGAUAUGUAGGGGCUCAAUUCCAUCAAAUUUGUUGUUUUUUUUUGUAUCUUUAUUAUUUCCCCUUACUCUGAAGAAUGUUCCUGAGAAUGGCUUUCUUAAUAUCAGAAAUAUUUUUUCAAGUUUCCAAUUUCAGAGGAACCAUAUUUGGACAUUAGCUUUUCAGUGCUUAUGGACAUCCUGCAUAGUUCUUUGAAGGAGUUAAGCCCCAAACUUUUCACUCAUGUAGUGUCUUUCUAUGUUGCAAUGUCUUAAGUCUGUAGUUCAGUUAAAACAGCUUCGCUGAUCUUAGACCGGCAUCACAGAUAACUUUCCAAAGGAUAUGGACUGACUAACUCUUGUCAUGUUUUGUUUUUAAACUAACCAAUGUUUACGACAAUACCAAUGAGCUUUCUUUUGUACAGAGAUGUGCAUUCCAAAUACCACAAAGGCAGUUUUUUGUAUACUGAUGAGUUCAACUUUAAUUUCUCUCAUAUUCUCUUAGUGACUGUAAGAUGUAAAUAUUGGAGUCCUCUAUGGUGAGACUCUGUUAUCCUUACUGUAGGUUAAAAAAAAAAGUUCUUUUUUUUUUUCUGGAUAUGUUGUUGCCAUAGUGAUGACCAAAAAGAUACCUGUGAUGUGCACCUGUCCUUAUGUCCUGCUCCAGUGGUUUAGUGUGUGUCUAUACUCUCCUUACCCCAAGUUUCCCUUGCUGGUGUGUGUUUCUCCUUCUUUCCCUCCCCGUACUCCACUGAGCUGAAUAAAGUCUGC